AUGGAGGCUCCCCGUGGACGUAACGCCUCUGCUGCCAACGCUGACCCCCCAGUGUUCUUCUUGUCUGGUAUCCCUGGCCUGGAAGCCUUCCACAUCUGGAUCUCCAUCCCUUUCUGCUCCGUGUUCACUGUGGCCAUUCUGGGCAACACCCUCCUCCUGUAUGUGAUCAAGACAGAUGUCACUCUCCACAAACCCAUGUUCUCCUUCCUCUCCAUGCUGGCCUCUACCAAUCUGGUCUUAUCCCUCACCACCAUGCCCAAGACGCUCUGCAUCUUCUGGUUCCGGGACAGGAAGAUCAGCUUGGACGCCUGCCUCGUCCAGAUGUUCUUCCUCCACACUUUUGCCAUCAUGGAAUCCGCCGUGCUCUUGGCCAUGGCCUUCGACCGGUACAUCGCCAUCUGCCACCCUCUGAGGUACAACACCAUCCUCACCCGUCCGUUGAUCGCCAAGGUCGGGCUGGCGGCCUUGACGAGGGCCGUGCUCCUGAUGUCUCCUUUGCCCUUCCUCCUUCGCCGGCUGCCCUACUGCGGCUCCCACGUCAUCUCCCACUGCUUUUGUGAGCACAUGGCGGUGGUGAGGCUGGCCUGCUCCAACACGCGGUUCAACAACAUCUACGGGAUCGUCGUGGCCUUCUCGGUGGUGGUUCUGGACCUGACCUUCAUCAGCCUGUCCUAUGCCAAGAUUCUGAGGACCGUCUUCGGCCUGGCUUCGAAGGACGAGCAGCUCAAAGCCUUCGGAACCUGCGUCUCGCACCUGUGCGCCAUAUUGGUCUUCUACACUCCGGUGAUUCUCUCGUCCAUCAUACAUAGGUUUGGUCACCAUGUCACUCCCCCCACACACAUCCUCCUUACAAAUUUCUACCUGCUCUUCCCACCCAUGAUGAACCCCAUCAUCUACGGGGUGAAAACCAAGCAGAUUAGAGACAGAGUCCUCCACCUCUUCCACCGGAAAAGCUUCUGA